UGCUCUACUACAAAAAUAAUCGAUACAUUGGCAUCGAAGCAAGCGUCGCUGCGCACUUCAAGUAUUUAAAUUGGAGCGGAAAUUUUUUGUAGCAAAAUUAUAUUAAAAUAACUACAAAUAACUGAAAACUAUGGAGCAUAACAUGUUUCAAGAUCCGACACUGGAGCGCCACUUCACCGGACACAGCGGUGCCAUAACACAGUUGCGGUUCAGCCCCGAUGGCCAACAAAUCGCAACUAGUUCCAUGGAUACCACAGUUAUUUUGUGGAACCUCAAGCAGGCAGCGCGUUGCAUUCGAUUUGCCUCGCACUCUGAGCCCGUUUAUGGAGUGAGCUGGUCGCCCAAGGGCAAUUUCAUGGCCUCCUGUAGCCAAGACCGCACCGUCAAGAUCUGGGAGCCCAAGGUACGCGGUGUCUCGGCCGAGUUUCUCGCUCACGGCAAGCCGGUGCGCAGCGUGGACUUUGAUCCCACUGGGCAGCUCCUGUUGACCGCCUCCGAUGACAAAUCGGCAAAACUGUGGCGCGUAUCACGACGUCAGUUCAUCUCGUCGUUUACUCAGCAGACCAAUUGGGUGCGUGCUGCCAAGUUCAGUCCCAAUGGCAAACUCAUGGCCACCGUCAGCGAUGACAAAUCUCUACGCAUCUAUGACCUGACCACUGGCGAGUGUGUGCGCACCUUUACCGAGGAGCGUGCUUCGCCCCGUCAGCUAGCUUGGCAUCCUUGGGGCAACAUGGUAGCCGUUGCCCUCGGCUGCAAUCGCAUCAAGGUCUUCGAUGUGGUCAAUAGCCAGCUAUUGCAGCUGUAUGUCGUACACUCGGCACCUGUCAAUGACCUGGCUUUCCAUCCAAGUGGCAACUUCCUCUUGUCGGGCAGCGAUGACAAAACUAUACGCAUAUUGGAUCUGCUGGAGGGCAGGCCCAUCUAUACGCUGACUGGACACACAGAUGCAGUGAAUGCCGUCGCAUUUGAUCAUAACGGCAAUAAGUUUGCCACAGCAGGCAGCGAUCGCCAGCUCUUCAUUUGGCAAUCCAAUUUGCACACCUAUGAUGCUUCACAGUUCGAUGAGAAGUCCAUGGCAACAUCGGCCGCCGACACCAGUGGUGCCUCCAGAACUAGCUUCGAUGCUGUCUCAAAGACCAGCAAUGAUUUGAGCAUUCGCAUUGAUCCGCGCGAAUCGGCUGCCUAUCGAGCACUCGACGAGCACUUCAAGGUGGUUGAAAGUGAACACUCGAAGCAGCCGCAAUCACCAAUGAGCUACCUCUCCAAUGCGACCAGUCCCAAAUUUCGCGAUCAUGCGAAAGUUCCGGGCCUGGAGCAAAAGCUAAAUACAAAAUAUAAAAAUACUCCAUUUUUUAAGUAAUAGAGCUCUAAGCAAAACACACAGCUGCAUCGUCACAUAGCAAAAA